AUGGAAAGUCAAGUGCUAGUUUUGUUCGAGCAUGCCACCGGUUAUAAUCUUUUUCGUUUAACCGAGUUUGAAGAAGUUGGAAACUUGUUACCUCAGGUCGAAGCCAGCAUACUUGAUGUGACGAAAUUUUCUCGACUCGUGCAGUUGAUUGCUUUUUGCCCUUUCCAAAACGCUGCGCAUGCGUUGGACAACUGCAAUGCCGUAUCAGAGGGAAAUAUUCAUUUGGACUUGUUGAAUUUCCUUGAGUCUAACAUUCCUCCGUUGAAAAAGUUGACAACGACUCUUGGAGUGGGCGACUCGAAGCUUGGUUCAGCCAUUUCUGAACAGUUUCCGUACAUAAAAUGCGUGCACACUGGCGCAAUUCCGGAGGUGAUCCGCGGCAUAAGGUUUCACUACACGAAACUUGUCAAAAGGCUAGCUUCCGGCGGCGACAGAGCAGCCCAGUUGGGAUUGGGGCACAGUUAUUCUCGUGCCAAGGUAAAGUUCAACGUCAACCGCGUCGACAACAUGAUCAUUCAGGCAAUUGCGUUAGUUGAUCAACUUGACAAGGAUAUUAACCUGUUCACCAUGAGGAUCAGAGAAUGGUAUUCUUAUCAUUUCCCGGAGCUGUUCAAGUUGGUGCCUGAUCAACUGACAUUUUGUCAUUGUGUGAAAUUUAUUCAGGACAAGAAGACAUUGACCACUGAAAAGUUUGAUGGUCUGACCGAAAUUGUCGCUGAUGAAGAUAAAGCUCAAGAGAUUUUCUCCGCUGCCCACAGUUCGAUGGGAAUGGACAUCAGCCCGAUUGAUCUGAUCAACAUUGAUAUGUUUUCUGAACGUAUUAUCGACCUAAUCGAGUUCAGAAAAGAAAUGCAAGAGUAUUUGAAACAGAAAAUGGAAGCUUGUGCUCCGAAUCUAAUGACUAUCACCGGGGAACAGGUUGGUGCUCGCCUCAUCUCCCAAGCCGGAAGUCUGAACAAUUUGGCCAAGAUUCCAGCAUCUACUAUUCAGAUAUUGGGAGCGGAAAAGGCUCUUUUCAGGGCGCUGAAAACCAGGGGUCUGUGA